AUGUGGUACUCUGACAAGUCAGUGAGAAGGAGAAUGGUGCUUACAAAGAGUAAAGUAGCGCUGAUUAGUCAGAUCACAUUAGCAGCUCGUUUGUCGAUGUCUAUUUUGUCGACGUGUUCUUCUCCUCGUCUCGAACAGGAAGAACCUGUGAUUGGUGUGUCAUUACAUGAUUUGUGCCAACGCGAACAUUCACAGUCUCCGUUAGUUUACCGAUUAUUGAUACAACAUUUAACGGACAAUUGCGUGGAUAUCGAGGGGAUACUACGACUCUCAGGAGGCAGUGACGAUAUAGCCCAACUUGAAAAGGCAAUAACAAAGAGGUCCUUUUCAUUGCAAGAGUUAAAGGACUUUGACCCGCACGCGAUCACAUCGACGCUGAAGGGGCUUUUCAGAAGACUUCCAGUCCUUUUGAUUCCAAAAAGUGUGAAUGAUCGAAUCGAGCAGUUGCUUCGUCAAUCCACGCCAAACUUCAAAUUGGUGUUAUCGGUGUAUCAGGUCAUUGCAUUUUUAAAAGAGAAGUACCCGGAGCACUUUGAGGUGUUUAGGAUGUUGUGUCGGCUCUUUGCGGAAAUUGUUAACCGAUCUCCAACAAACAAAAUGGUUCUCCAAAAUGUAUUAACGUGUUUUGUUGAGUCGGUGCAGUGCUGCCCCGCUAUAUUUUCUUGUGCUCUCCAAAACCAAGGUCUAUUCUUCGACAGUUUUGUUUUUUAUUAUUCUUAUUAUCUCUUGUACCUUAUUGUUAAUAGUAUUGUAUGA